AUGGAAGACAUCAACAAUAAUUCUUCGGCACGAUCCUAUCCAGAUCGUCCUGCAUCAAGAAGAGGGCUGGGCGCUAGCGCCAAUUUAUUAGCAUCAAACAACUCGGCCACUUCGGCAACACCAAGUCCCGUUGCUAUCAUACGUCCCGGAACAGCUAUGAAGCCUCCUUCUGCAUUGCGGAGUGGAACUGCGAGUAGACUAUUGGCAAAUAAUGGCAUUGCCAGUGGUUCAACCACAUCGCAGCGCAUUGGGACCGCUUUAGGAAACGCUGGAAAUAGAAUGGCUGAACGACCGAUAACACAGCAUGGGAUAAGCGGUCUCUCCACAUCCUAUGGUCGGUUGGGAACUGCGGCCAGUAGCAAUCGUCAAAUCAAAGAUAAACGCUACUGGCACGCGGUAUUGCAAAGCAAAAUUCAAGAAAUCAACCAAGAAACGACCAAACUUUUGAAAGAGAAAAAGUUUCUCGAUCGCGAACGAUCUGCGAGGAAGCUGUAUGAAAAACGAGUAAAAGAGGCUGCAAAAGAAUUAACAAACCUGCAGUCCACCCUAACGUCGAUGAAUUUAGCUUUGGACAACUGUACUUCGGGAAUGACACGACAGCAUCUCCUGAACGAAACCGUAGCAUUGCGAGAACGGAACGAACAUAUCCAGGAACAGUUGGAGCUGAUCUUCAAACAGCGACAACAGAAAGAUAACGAAAACAAGGAGCUGGACAGGGAAACUGAAAAAGAAAAAAAUAAGGUGAUUGAAAUGAUUAACUCACUUCCGGAGGAAGAUCAGCAUAAGUAUCGGGAAUAUCAGACGAUGUCGGAAAACCUUCGCAAACAGAACGCCAUUUACCACACCCAGAUUAGUGAGAUGGAAAAGCAAAAGGAACGAUUGAAUACGAUGAUCAUGAAUUCGCAGACCCGUUCCGAGGCGCAUCGCCUUAAAUCAAAGUUGAAAGAAUUGCUCAACAAAAGGAACACUUUGCGAGAGGAGGAAAACAACCGCCUUUCACCCGCACAGGAGCGCGAAAAGCUCAUUAAUGAUGUCCGCUCGAACAACCAGGCACUGGCCAGCAUUGGGAAGCAGCUGAAAAUUGUUGAAGAUCAGUUGAUGGAGAAAAAAGAAACUUUACAGCAGAUAGACCAAGAUCUUGAGGAAGGCAACUCGGAACGGCACGUGAAGUACAAGGAGCUUAAAAAACGCGAUGAAGUAAUGUCUUCAUUCAUGGACAGCUUUAAGAGUAAUAUGAAUCUGGAACAGCAAAAUAUAGAUACGUUGAAAAAUCAAAUCACAUAUGCUAUUGAGCAAAUCACACUGCAAGGCAUCAACAUGAAAGGAAUUGCAGAUGAUAAACUCGAAGGGGCCUUUACAUCGAAAAAUGAUCUCAAUUCUCAUUCCGGAUUGAUCAAGGAAUAUAAAAAGCUUGGCAUUCAACUCAAGCAGCUGCAAAUACUUGAAAAACGUACAAUGCAGCAAGUCAAUGCUUUACGGCAAGAGGAAACAGACGCACUGCAAAACAUUCAAAAAUACGCUAACCUGGAAGUGCCUCGUGCGGAUGCAAUAGUGAAAAUGAACGAUCUUACAUCAGUACUGCAAGAAAUGGAAGAUAAAAAGCGGGUCACCGAGAACGUGGUUGAAGAAGCGCGUAAUCGAAAUCAUGAGGUGAAAUUCAGUCUCAGAAGUAACGACACAUACCGCCAAAUAUCUCAUCUCGAAGAUAAGCUUGUCGAUUUAAUGAAGGAAAGUAAAUCACUGCAGGAAGCGAUCAAUCAUAUGCAACAGGAAAAUAAUUACACAACAACACGUUCGACAGUGCAGGAGCUUGUGGACCAACAUAACAUACUUUUAAGCAGUGAAAUGGAGAGUAUUUCUACAAAUCGUUUGAUUUAA